CAUACUCUAGAAACGAUUAUACUAUUUGUCUCAAAAUAUAGAUUGUACACGCUGUCAAUGAUGUUGAAACUGUUAGUAGUCAUCAGCAUUUUGUUAGCCACAUUCACAGAAUGUUUAACAGAAAAUCAAGUUUUAGACCUGACUUUUAAGUUAUCCGGAAACGAUUUAGCCUUUCCUUGCACAAGCACCAAAAACAUAUACGCCAACACCGGAAGAUGGGUUCCAAAAAACGUUAUACCCACUAGAAUUCAAAUAUACAAAGAUCAAGCUAUCGUGGCUCUACCUAGAUAUCGUCCUGGAGUCCCCUUCACCGUUGGUAGUUUUCCUUUGACUGCUAAACCAGGACGAGUUGCAUUAGAACCUUUCCCUUGCUGGAGUAUCCAAGAGGAAGGCAACUGUAAUGCCAUUCAAAAUGCUAUCGAUAUGGUUCUGGAUCCGUUGGAUAAUUUGUGGGUUUUGGAUUUAGGCAUUUGUAAUACACUAGAGCAACCAAUCAAGAGAUGUUCUCCUAAAGUAUGGGGUAUCAACGCAGAAACAGGUGAAGUGGUGAAAAGUAUCAAUUUAGAACCUUUUGUUACUGCAGAGAGUCGUAUUCAGUAUUUGGUAGUAGACUUCUCACCAGAAGGAGUACCGUUUGCUUAUGUAUCUGAUGCUGGAUCCUCUGCCAUAAUAGUUAUCAACGUCCAAUCUGGUACAGGGUUCAGAGUUAUCUUGCCUAGUCCUAUAAAAGAUAGUGCCCAAAUUAAAGAUAUUUUAUACCUUCAACUAGCAAGAACAACAUCUGGAAAUGUUCUAUACUUCAGUUAUUUAUCUUCUCCGGCUUUGUUCUCUAUCAAAGCAAGUUCACUACAAACCGGUCAAGCAGAUGGUGCUAUAGUACAUGCCGGUACCAAGCCUCCUGGUACACAAAUAGUAUUUUUGGGAACAGAUAAUGGAUCUGGUCUACUUUUCAGAUACAAAGGAGAUUCCGAUAUUUACAUUUGGAACUCGAACAAGCCUUUUAUACCGGACAAUUUCAUUUUGGCGCAACGUGGAGGGUACUGCAGAAUGGCAACACAAGUGGUACCUGGAUGGAAGAAACUGAUGUGGGUCAUCGAAAGUAAUUUCCACGAUUAUAUUACUUCUACUACAGGUUGUCUUGGAGCAAAUGUGGUUGUAUAUCCCUUAAUUAACACAGAAUAA